AGCACGAGAGACUGAGAGGGCUCCUCUUCCUGCUCCAGUCAACACAUCGGCUUUUGGGAGCGCAAUAAUAAGUUGAAGCUAACAAGCUAACGGCGGUUUGUCACGGAGAAAAGCCGACUUUGGUCUUGUUUUUUUAUCUCCGUCUUCCCCGACGGAGCCACUUUUUAUGUUUGGCUUCGGCCGACGCUUCUGAGUGUUUUGGCGUUUGCGCUGCGCCAGGUGUCGGGCCACAGGAGGGGAAAAUGUCCCCUUUUUCAUGGAGGGUUUGGCCUGCCCUGGUGUUGCUUCUCCUCCCUGGGGCCGUCGCCGCCGAAGAAGUGCCUUCGCUUCUGGACGGCUGGCGAGAAGUGUGGUUCCUUCGCUUCCUCGUCAACCUGCUGGGCUACUCCACCAUCAUCAUCCCCGGUUACCUGCUCGUUAGAUACUUCAAACGCGCCAACUACUUGGAGACAGGUAGCGGCGUCUUCUAUCCCGCCAUCAAGACCUGCGUGUUUGGCGCCGAGGCGGGACUGUUGGAUGACGCGUCCGUCACCUCCAGGAGCGAGGGGGAUUCAGGCUCGUCACUGAAGCAGACCUUCCAGCUGAUCUUUUGUGCUGCUGGACUUCAGGUGUCGUACCUGACAUGGGGGGUCCUGCAAGAGCGGGUCAUGACGCGGUCCUACGGCGCCACGUCCACAGACGAGCCCGGCGAGAGAUUCAAGGACUCCCAGUUCCUGGUCUUCAUGAACCGCAUCCUGGCCCUGACCGUGUCGGGCCUGUGGUGCGUCUUGUUCAAGCAGCCUCGCCACGGCGCUCCCAUGUACAAGUACUCCUUCGCCUCGCUCUCCAACAUCUUGAGCAGCUGGUGCCAGUACGAGGCGCUCAAGUACAUCAGCUUCCCCACGCAGGUCCUGGCCAAGGCCUCCAAGGUCAUCCCCGUCAUGCUGAUGGGCAAGAUCAUCUCCAGGAAACGCUACGAGUACUGGGAGUACCUGACGGCGGCGCUGAUAUCGCUGGGCGUCAGCAUGUCGUCCACCGUCACCACCUUCAGCGGCGUGCUCAUCCUGGGCGGCUACAUCGUCUUCGACAGCUUCACGUCCAACUGGCAGGACAACCUGUUCAAGUACAAGAUGUCGUCGGUGCAGAUGAUGUUCGGCGUCAACCUGUUCUCCUGCCUCUUCACCGUGGGCUCGCUGCUGGAGCAGGGUGCCUUCUUCGACUCGCUGGCCUUCAUGGCGCGCCACUCGGAGUUCGCCUUCCACGCCGUGCUGCUCUCAGUGUGUUCGGCGUGCGGCCAGCUCUUCAUCUUCUACACCAUCAACCGCUUCGGCGCCGCCGUCUUCACCAUCAUCAUGACCCUGCGCCAGGCCAUCGCCAUCCUCCUCUCGUGCUUCCUGUACGGCCACGCCGUCGCCAUUGUUGGCGGCUUCGGCAUCGCCAUCGUUUUCCUCGCUCUCUUUCUGCGAGUGUACGCCCGCAACCGCAUGAAGUCGGGCCGGCGGGCGACGCCACUGCCGCCGGCGCAGAACGCGUAGCACUCGCACUGAACUGGGGACUGAAACCGCGCUUUUUCGUGGUGCUUUUUCUGGGUCGAUUUUUUUGCUUUUAUUUUGAAGGGUUCACUUCACAUUCAUCGUUUUAUGUUUUCUUUUAUUAGGUACUGAAAGGGAUUUUAUUUGGACCCCAGGUGCCUCAGAGGGUUCUGUUUCACGACCUGCCUCAUGUUCUUCUUACCAAAACACCACAUGUGGCCAAGUGGAGUUACUGCGGGUGUUUUUAUUGUUGUUGGCCCAUUUAACACUGAAGACUUCAACAAAACGGUCACACAAUAUUCGUCGUUGUGUCACAGUGUCCGCACGUCGGGGUGUGCAAGGGAUCUUUAACACUUUUAAAUAACAAACUUCUAACAAGCUCCAAUACAAGAACUCCACUAAUGUUUGCAUUUUAAAAAGAUGAUCACUUUCCAGGACUACAAAUUAGGGAUGGGGUAUGAAAAUCAAGCGAAUGCACUACUUGGCUGGGGCCAGAAGAGGCGCUGUUGAUUCAUGUUCAACUAGUUUGUGGUGUGAAGAAGAACAAAAUGUUAUUCAAAAUUGUGCUCUGUAUCCAAUACUCUAAUGGAAACAGCAGUUCAGAACAUUCAGAUCGAGAUCUUCCCAAACCACGAAAUCAUGUUUUGUUCUUGUAUUUUGAUCUCACUAUAUUGUGUACUUUAAUAUUGGGGCACAAAAACAGUUUGUACGCGCCACCUGGUGACCAAAAUAAUAUUGUCAGGAGUUGUGUGUGUGCGUGUUUGACUGCUUCAUAUUAAUAAUGUUUGUGAUGAAUGACGUGUGUGUGUGGAAGGACCCACAACUCAUGAAAGGAAAUGCAGUGUCAAUGUCAUUUAAAAUGGUGACAGAAUUCAUAAUAAAAUACUUAUUAACUUAAAAAGCU